AUGCCAAACUAUCCCCAGGAGGUCAGCAAACGGAGCUGCAACAAUUGUCGCCAACGGAAGGUCCGAUGCGAUAGGAAAUACCCCUGUGAAGCAUGUUCAAGGUCGGGAAAAGAAUGUGCAUAUCCGGGACCAAAGCGAGCGUCCCGGAAAUUGAAUAGACCUCCGGUUUCCGAAUUAAUGGCUCGCUUGAAACAGCUGGAAGAUGCUGAGAGGCUUCGAUCCAUGCACCCUGCAGACAAGGAUGAGCCUGGGUCUAAUAUAGAACGACGCGGUUCAUCAAGAAUUAAUCCUGAGAGACCAGAUCAGAGUGGUCGGUUGGUAGUCAAAGAUGGGAGGAGUCGGUAUGUCGAUGAUGGUGCUUCCGUUCUCUUUGGUGAUAAGAUCCAAGAGCUGCGAGACGUUCUUGAAAGUUUAUCAUCCGAAGAGGAUAUGAAGACGGAAGAGAUUUUGGGCCCAUUUGGUCUUCCGCACGGAGGUCUUGUUGGAGAUUCUAACCGGACCAAAACGAAUUCUAAAGGAUUCUAUCCUCAUUCCACCCAGCUAGACAUGUUGUGGCGUAUCUACCAAAGUCGCGUUCACCCGUUGAUUGCCGUCUUGCACGUACCGUCAGUGGAGCGAAUGGUUCGUGACGCAGCGGAUGGCAUCGCUUUAGAGCCGUGCAGUAGAUCUCUGAUACUAUCUGUCUGUUUUGCUGCCGUCGCCAGCAUGACACCUGAACAGUGUGUAUCAAUGCUUGGGAAAACACAUGAUAUGGCCAUCGAGGAGUUGAGUGUGGCUGUGAACCGGGCCUUGAAACAGGCCAACUUUAUAAAAUCCAAAGAUAUCCCUGCUCUUCAAGCAGCAGUGCUGUUUCUUCUGUGCUUCCGCGUAGUAGGCGACACAAGGGUUGUAUGGGCGGAAGCCGCCGUGGUUGUGCGUGUCGCCCAGGGCCAGGGUAUUCAUCGCGAUGGUACAGGAUUCAACCUAAGCCCCUUCGAAACAGAGAUCCGUCGUCGUCUGUGGUGGCAUAUAUGUAUUCUGGACAUGCUCGCCUCAGAGGACCAAGGAACAGACACCCAAAUAAAGCCAGACACGUUUGAUACCCGUCUCCCCUCCAACGUGGAUGGCCAUGAUUUAAUUCCAGAGAUGACAGAGCUUCCACCCGAAAACACGGGGUACACAGACAUUACUCUCUGCAUUAUCAAUUGCGAAAUUGCCACCAGCGUCUCCCAACUAGGCCCUCUCUUCGGUCAAAAUUCAAAUAUAUCAAUUUGUGAUCGAGAGGCCCAUGUCAAAGCUCUAGCAAGUCGUCUUCAAGACCGGUACAUGGACCAUUUCGACCUCGGAGUUCCCAUACAGUGGAUGGUCGCGACAAUCGGCAGGCUCAUGCUUUUGAAAGUAUGGUUGGGAAUCCAUAUCCAAAAGACAUCAGGAAGCGCCAACGAGUCAGUUUCCGCGCGACAUUUAGCCGACCCUAUCUUCAAAACCGCUGUCGAGAUCACCGAGUUUGCUUAUUUUUUCCAAGAAAACGAGACUACUGCAAACUUUGCCUGGUUGGCUCGCAGUUACAAGCAAUGGCACGCCUUAGCUUACGUUCUCUCGGAACUCUGCGUCCGGGAUAUCAGCCCGGAAACUGACCAUGCCUGGAACGUGGUAGACAAGAUGUACAGAAAAUGUGUUAAAGAAGCGCCUGAGACAGACUCCAUGUUCCAAAAGCCUCUGACACGGCUGAUGGAACGCGCCACUACGUCUAGGGCUGAAAAACUGGGGAUAUCUCGCGAGCUACUGGAAAAUGGGCCCCCGGGGGCUCUGGAAUCAAGUAUCGGAGGUAUAAACUGUGAAAGCAAACAGAUCCUGUUCCCUCCUAUGCCAGACAUUCGCAAUCCAUACCAUAAUCUUAUCGGCGACGAGCCUAUCGAACCAAUUCAUUUCGACAAUAUUGGUCUUAUCCAAGGCAUUUCUGCCUCCGAAACAGCUGGCUAUCUUCACCCUAAUGUAGAUUGGCUUUUUGAGCCCUUGAUAUGA